GUAGUCCCUCAGAGCACUUCCACUCGCUCACUUUUCUUCAUGCCAUCACAAUAAUGAGAUUUCCGCACAGCCCCUGAAGGCGCUAGGAUCCAUCCAUUCAGCGCGCGCUGCAGCCGUGUAGUAAAAGCCAUGUAAAAAUGGCGGAGCUGCAGAUGCUGCUGGAGGAGGAAAUUCCUGCGGGACGAAGAGCGUUGUUGGACAGUUUUACCAACCUGGAAAGAGUCGCGGAGUACUGCGAAAGCAACUAUGUCCAGUCUGCAGACAAGGAGCGGGCGCUGGAGGAAACAAAGAGCUACACCACACAGUCUCUGGCCAGCGUCGCCUACCUCAUCAACACGCUGGCCAACAAUGUGCUGCAGAUGCUGGACAUCCAGGCCUCACAACUCCGCCGCAUGGAGAGCUCCGUCAACCACAUUUCACAGACCGUUGACAUUCACAAGGAGAAGGUAGCGAGGCGGGAGAUCGGCAUCCUGACCACCAAUAAAAACACGUCUCGCGCUCAUAAAAUUGUAGCUCCAGCCAAUCCAGAGAGGCCAGUGCGCUACAUCAGGAAGCCCAUCGACUACAGCGUCCUGGAUGACAUUGGCCAUGGAGUCAAGUGGUUGCUGAGGUUCAAGGUGAAUGGUCAGCCGAACAUGAAACUUGGAGCGGGUCUGUCUCGGUCCAACCCUCCCACACAAAAACCACCCAGCCCUCCGCGGGCAGGCAAGGGCAUCUUGGGGAAGAACUCCCCCUACAGGACACUGGAGCCUGUGCGCCCCCCUGUUGUACCCAAUGAUUAUGUCUCCAGCCCUACCAGAAACAAUAUGGCAGGGGGACAGCUUCCAAGUCCGGCCCGCACCGCUACCCUCAACCAUCGACCCCGAACAUACAGUUCUGCGCUUGAAAUUCAGCUCCCCCUGCUGUUUGUGCUUUGUCACUCACUCCCUCCUAUAACCUUAUUUCCUAACUCCUUCCUCCUUUCCAUACUUCCUUUUCUUCUGCCUGAAGUUUCCCCGACUGCCGGACCUGCUAGCUCAUCCUCUACCGCCCCUAACUCUUCCCCUUCCCCGUCCCCAACUCCUUCCUCUUUCUCCUCCUCCUCCUCCACCACAACCUUAACACAACCCAACGCACCUCUGCCGCCGAGCUCACCUUCUCAACAUGCCAACUCACCUUCCCAAGCAAACUCGCAAGCGAAUGCGCCAAACGCCGGCACCUCCCCCCCCUCUAAAUCUUCCCCAAGCACAUCCGAAGUCCAAUCGGAGCUGCUUCCCCCUGCCCCUCCCCCUCCACUUUCCUCCUCCUCCUCUUCUUCAUCACCCACUGAAGGCCCUAUCGUCCCACAGUUCUACAGUAUGAACCGGCCUCAGCCUCGACAGCAAACCCCACAGGUGGGGGGGUCACUGCCUUACCGCCGCCCCCCAUCGGUGACCGGUCAGCCAAUUACAACCCAGAAUCAGGUCAAUGGCGGUCCCUACUACAACCAGAGCCCAGCCUCUCCCCCGCCCCCCUCCCUGCUCCAGUUCACCCCUCAGCUUCCUCUGAUGGGGUUUGUAGCUCGAGUUCAGGAGUCCAUUUCAGACGCCCCCCCUCCCUCGCAGCCUGCCACUGAGAACCAAGUAGCGCACGAGGAGGCCCUGCCCACUCCUCAGCCAGCUGAGGAUGGGCAUGAAGAGGAGGACUCAGCAGUAGUGGAGUAUAACGACCCGUAUGCUGAAGAAGACCCACCGUGGGCCCCCAGGAACUACUUAGAGAAAGUGGUGGCCAUCUACGACUACACGGCCGACAAGGAGGACGAGCUGUCGUUCCAAGAAGGAGCGAUCAUAUACGUCAUCAAGAAGAACGAGGACGGGUGGUUUGAAGGAGUGAUGAACUCGACCACCGGUCUCUUCCCUGGAAACUACGUAGAGUCCAUCAUGCACUACGCUGACUGAGCCAAACGUGUCUGUAAUCACAGCUGCAGUCAAGAACUAGAAGGGAAAAUGUGACCCUGUUCCACGUUGCCAUUUGUCUCCUUAAAUUCACACUAAUUGGUCACAAGAAAGUCAGAGCUUGUGAAAACAAAACGACCACUUAAUCAAUAACAGGCUUUACCUUAGUGCUUUAGGACUAAGAGGGGUUUCAGGUGUGAGGUAUUCAUUUAAAGACACCUGAGACCUGUCUACCUGCAAGUAAAAAGUCAGUAAAGUUCUUUUGGGUAUCUUCUUUUCAACCCCGUGUAAUUCAAAGAAAUUAUGAAAUGCGGUGCUUUCCAGCCACACAACAGCUCUGUUUCUCUGAAGAAUGACUACACACAUUUUAGAAAAGAACGUUUAAGUGGGACCUGAUGGUACAGGUGUUGCCACACAUUCAGGGUGUGUCUCGGUCAUACAAAUGUAUGUAUGCUGCAGAAGUGAUAAUUGUCCUAAUAAUCUAAGUCCUACUAAUCAAAAGAAAUGACUGCACCCAGAAGAUCAAGACAUGAGUAGGACACAUUUGAUUUUGUUUUUUUUAAUCACAAGAAAUUGAUUUUAAGAUGUUGACAUAAGAAAUUUGUUCUCUUGCAACACAUGUUGUGCGGAACUUUUUUCCAUUUCUCAUACAGAUGUGAAACCAUUUAGUAUGUAAGUGUGGUUAAAUGUUAUAAAUCAUAGACAUGAUCACAGCAGAGUGAUUCUUAUAAUAGUAGAGCUGAAAAUCUAGACAUAAGCCAGUGAUGUUGAUUCAAAUGGACACUGUAGUGUGGAACUGUUAAAGCUAAUCCUGCGUGACUUUUGAUGGUGCCAAUCUCCAAAAAAACAAAAAAAAACAAAAACAAUCCUAAGAGCCUUAUGAGGUGAAAGGAGGAGUUCUCUGAGGGAGGAGUCUUGGAGAUAAACUUGAGAUGAAGGAAACGAUAAAAGAAAACACUACAGGUCAGAAAGGUUUUUAUGUU